AUGUUGGCGGCUGCCCGCAUUCUGAGAGUCCCUGUAGGCUGUCAAAAUGAUCUAAAUAUCCUCAAACCUAUUCUAUACGACCAACGGCGUCAGUUUGUCAAGCCGCGGACGAAAAUAAAAGAUCCUCUGGCCGACGCACCGAGCACGACGUUGUCCUACCCGUCUGUGACAGAGACAAAGGAUAUUCCUGAAGAUGGAGCAUCAGCAGACAAGCUUACAUUCAUUCAUCGUCCCCCUCCGACCUCGCCCUCGCCGUAUUCGAUGAUAAACGCACCUAGUUCACCUCUGCUACGAACACCAAAGCAGCACCAGGGGCCUUACAAGGGAUUUGUAAAGCUUUUGCCAGGAAAGGCGCCUAUUAUCUCGUUGGAUGGCGAGAUUGGCGAAGCUCAACGAUUCACGCCGUUAACCAGCAGCCAACUCCAACAACGGCACGCUUCAGAACCACCACUCCUCCGACCAUAUCCUCAUGAGAAAACACGACACCUUACUGCAGAAGAGCUCUCACGGAUGCGUACGCUGCGAGAGACAAAUCCCAAGCUCUAUACUCGGUCGAAACUGGCGAAAAUGUUCAACUGCGCCCCAGUAUUCGUCAGUAUGGCGGCUCCGUUGCCUCGAGACAAAUUAAAGGAGGUAUGGAAGGCGCAGGAAGACGAGAAGAAGGGAUGGACAUGGAGGAAGCAAGCACUCCGAGAGAUGCGUCGAAAGAGGAGGAAUCUCUGGUAG